AUGGGAGUGAUAUGGCUUCCCAGCCGAUCUAGGCUUCUGUGUUUUGCUUUUCAUAUCAUCUUCAUUCUGUUUCAGCAGACUACUGCAGAAAGAGAACUGAAGUUUGUGGUCGUAGUUUUUCGACAUGGUGAUCGAACACCAAUUGCAAACUUUCCAACUGAUCUACACAAAGAAAGUGAAUGGCCCCAGGGAUUUGGACAACUUACCAAGACUGGAAUGCAGCAGCUAUAUGAACUUGGACAGUACAUGAGGCAAAGAUACUCCAACUUUCUGAACAGCACAUACAACCGGCAAGAGUUUUAUAUCCAAAGUACAGAUUAUGACCGCACCAUAAUGAGUGCCCAGUCAUGCCUUUCUGGCCUCUUUCCACCAACUAGCAGCCAAAUCUGGAACCCUGAGCUUCCCUGGCAGCCCAUCCCAGUUCAUAUUGCGCCAGAAUCAUCAGAUCAGAGGCUGCAUUUUCCUCUGCGCGACUGUCCCCGUUUUGACGAACUUCAGAAUGAAACCCAAACAUCUAGAGAAUUUCAAAAUAGAAUGCAACCAUACAUGGAUUUUUUACAGACGAUGGCAGUUAACACAGGAUUUGAACUAAAUGAUCUUAAAAUACUGGACAAUUUCCAACUCUGGAAUACGUAUGACACCUUAUAUUGUGAGGGUAUUCACAAUUAUACUCUCCCUGUAUGGGCCACCAAAGAUGUAAUGGACAAGAUGGAAAAACUGGCAGAGUUGUCCUUACUAUCAUUAUUUGGGCUUUAUAAAACAGAAGAGAAGUCACGACUACAAGGAGGUGUCCUUGUGAAUACCAUUUUAAAGAGUAUUAAACAAGCUGCUAAUUCUUCAAGAGAAAGAAAAAUGGAGGUCUAUUCUGCACAUGACACCACAGUUGGGGCCCUCCAGAUUGCUCUCAAUAUUUUCAACGGAAAACUGCCACCAUAUGCUGCUUGCCACUUUUUUGAGCUCUAUCAAGAAAGCAGUGGGCGGUACAGCAUUGAAAUGCAUUAUCGGAAUGAUACCUCAAAGGAUCCUUACCUACUGACUCUGCCAGGAUGCACCUCUUCUUGUCCACUUGAGAAGUUCGCUGAACUCGUUUCUCCUAUGAUUGCAGAAAAUUGGUCAAAAGAAUGCGGGAAGAAAGAUAAAAUGAAAGAUAUAUUUAUAGGAUUUGAUGUUGCUGUUGGCUUGCUGUUCAUUUUUGACCUUGUAUUGCUCUACCUCCUUUAUCACUAUGGACACUGCAGGCGCAGAAACAAUUAUCAAGACCUUUAAAGGAGAAGUAAAAGAAUGAAAGACAGAGCAGCUACAUAUUAGGUUUCAGGUUGCUCUCUGUUUAUAUGCAUCAGUUACCUCUUGCCAAAUGAAUCUCCGAAGCAUAUUCAAUAAACCUGAAGAGGAGAAAUAUCUGUGGCCUGGUUCCCAAAAGACUAAACAUAUGCAGUGAUAAAUACCACAGAAAUAAGUUACUGUUAAGAAUUUUCUUUAGUAGGAAGAGUGAAUUACUCCAGUUUCUAUCUUUAAGUUUUCCACUAUUAUUAAUCAUUACCAAGUGAACCAGUGGGGACAAGGGGGACUACUACCUAUGCAUGUUUUUGGUAUUGUCCAUUACUGUUUAUCCCUCUGCUUUUCUCUUCCCCUGCUCAGGGUCUUUCUUGAAAAUCACAGUCCAUAGUGUUUUUCUCAACUUUUUACAAAUGGCUAUUUCGUUGAUGUGCAGGAAUACGUUUUCAGUAAACAAAAGCUGCAAUUAUUGUGUGAAAAAGACUUGUACCAAUACUUGGAUGUACAGUUUCUGCAUUUAUUCACGCAAAUCUAUGCAUGAGUUUUGACCUUAGCCUCCAGAGAGUAAAAGGUGUUAGCCUCUUUUUCAAAGGAGCUAUGCUACCACAGCUCUCAUUGAAAUCAGUAGAAACUGGGGUGCUCUGUCACAUAUCCAGGCAUCAAGCAAGAAGUUUUGUGCACCAGGAUCUUGGUCAGGGCCCAGAGUUUCAAUAACAUGGAUAAGUAAAUACAUUUAAAUCUCUUUUCUGUUGCUAUACUUCUUUCCUGUUAUUCUGAGCCCCCAGUCAUGACCGAUGCUUUGUCUUGCAUCUGUUCUAGGAUUCCACGAGUGCCUCCGUCCUGCUUCGGGUCCUUGCUAUAACCUCAGUUCUUUGAGCCACUCUUAGAAUGAUUCCUCCAGCUAUAGCUCUGCUCAUCACCUUUCAUUUUAAUAUACAAUAUCUCCUUGCUCUACUCAAUAUUGCUCUAAGACAUGCACUGAAAGUAAGAAGACAGUGAUUCUACUUUUUGUAUGUUGAUUUCUUCUGUGAACCAUAUUUUGUUUGUUUAGAUUGCAAGCUCCUAAGGGCAGGGAAUGUGUUUCCAUAAUAGUCUCUACUAUCAUAAACUAGUAUCGUAAUACUGAUAUUGCUGUAUAAAAUACCAUUUAUCAUCAUAAGCUUCAAGGA